AUGACUCCAGCUGCUGGCGUGCCUGCCCUUCCUGCUGGUCCUGGGCCUCUGAGCCUGAGCGGGCAGAUCAGCCACUGGAACCUGAGCGAAGGCUGUCCGGGAGACCAGAAUGGUGGCCGUGGUGAUGAGAGAAGGGCAUUCUGGGUGUUCCGCCAUGGCGACCGGGCUCCUCUGGCCUCCUACCCCACCGACCCUCACAAGGUGGCCAUCUCCACCCUGUGGCCGCGUGGCCUGGGCCAGCUGACUGGGGAGGGGGUCCGCCAGCAGCUGGAGCUGGGCCGUUUCCUGAGGAGCCGCUACGAGGCCUUUCUGAGUCCUGAGUACCGGAGGGAGGAGGUGUACGUUCGCAGCACAGACUUUGACAGGACUCUGGAGAGCGCCCAGGCCAACCUGGCCGGGCUGUUCCCCGAGGCUGCUCCGGGGCGCCCCGAGUCCACCUGGAGGCCCAUUCCCGUGCACACCGUGCCUGUUACUGAGGACAAGCUGCUGAGGUUCCCCACGCGCAGCUGUCCCCAAUACCGCGAGCUGCUGCGGGAGGCCACCGAGGCUGUGGAGUACCAGACGGCCGUGGAGGGCUGGACCGAUUUUCUGACUAACCUGGAGAACUUCACGGGGCUGUCUCUGGUGGGGGAGCCGCUCCGCAGGGCGUGGAAGGUUCUGGACACGCUGAUUUGCCAGCAAGCCCACGGGCUUCCCCUCCCACCCUGGGCCUCCCCGGAUGUCCUGCAGACGCUAGCCCAGAUCUCGGCUUUGGAUAUCGGGGCCCACGUGGGUCCACCCCGGGCAGCAGAAAAGGCCCAGCUCAGUGGGGGGAUCCUGCUGGAUGCCAUCCUUGCCAACUUCUCUCGGGUCCAGCGCUUGGGGCUGCCCCUCAAGAUGGUUAUGUACUCAGCUCACGACAGCACCCUGCUGGCCCUUCAGGGGGCCCUGGGUCUCUACGAUGGGCACGCCCCGCCUUACGCUGCCUGCCUUGGCUUUGAGUUCCGGAGGCGCCUUGGAGACCAGGAUGAAGAAGCAGGGAAUGUUACCGUCUCCCUCUUCUACCGCAACAACUCCGCUGGCCUGCCUUUGCCCCUCAGCCUCCCGGGGUGCCCUGCCCCCUGCCCGCUGGGUCGCUUCCAUCAGCUGACCGCCCCAGCCCGUCCUCCAGCUCAUGGGAUCCCCUGCCAUGGCACCCAGGAGCCUGCCACCCGAACAGCCACGGUGGUGCCCCUGCUGGUGGGGGCUGUGGCUCUGCUGGCCGCACUCAGCUUGGGGUUGGGGCUGCUGGCCUGGAGACCUGGCUGCCUGCGGGUCUGGGGGGGCCCCCUGUGAGCUGGGAGACUGGGCACCCCCACCCCGCGGCUGACACGGAUCCCAACAUGUCUACU